AUGCUUAUCUCAAGUCCUGUGUUAGCACAUUAUGACCAAAAACUUCCCAUAAAACUCACGGUCGAUUCUUCGUCAUACGCACUAGGUGCAAUCAUAUCGCACACUUAUCCUGACCACUCAGAAAGACCAAUUGAAUAUGCAUCACGAGUAUUGUCAAACAGUGAAUGCAAAUUUCCACAAAUCGAAAAAGAAGUUACUGAUCACAAACCGUUAAUCCACAUUUUUGUAGAAAAAAAAGAAAUACCAAUUUAUGCGGCAAAUCGCUUACAACGUUGGGCAUACGUUCUUUCUUCAUUCGAAUUUGAAAUUAAGUAUAUUAAAUCAGAAGGAAAUACUGCUGAUUUUUUAUCACGCAUUAAAACAAACCAAUGCAACAAUAAUAUUAAUGAAUAUGACGACGCUCACAUCAAUUUUAUUCACGAAAACACGAACAGUCACCAUUUCCGCUAG